GCAGCGCUUUAGGUCAAAACCCUAAACGACAGCGUAUAGCUCGAAUACAGUAGAAAAUACCGUUGAAAAGUUGGAAACUUGGCAAUUUUCAGCUCUCCAUCUGCUUCUGGGGUUUUUCAGUCUCGCUAAUCUUACGAGCUCACUGAAUCGGUAAUUUGGAGCUGAGAGAGAGAGAGAGACAGAGAGGAAGAUGAGGGAAGCCGUAGUGGGAUUCUUUGUGGUUGUUUAUCUUCAGCUUCUCCAACUUAGCUCAGCUAACAUUGUUCUCCAACCAUCUGGAAUUCUUAUCCCCGACCUUCCCGCCAAAUAUGCUGUUGCUGUCGGCGGCUCUGAAAUAUGUGGAGCUUUGCUUGUAGCAGACCCUUUGGAUGCCUGCUUGCCUCUGCGCUAUGGUGUUCAAUCAAAUGAAACUGAUAUAACAAGGUUUGCUUUAGUAGAAAGAGGUGAAUGUACUUUUGAGGAUAAAGUGCAACACGCUCAAAAUGCCGGAUUUCAUGCUGUGAUUGUUUACGAUAAUAGAAGAGAAAAAUUGGUUCACAUGACGAUAAACAGCAAGAAUGUUACAAUUCGUGCUGUAUUUGUUUCCAAAGCAUCUGGUGAAAUGCUAAAGGAACAUGCUCGUGGGGAAGAAGGGGAAUGCUGCAUCUUCGUAUUACCAAAUGAAAAGGCCUGGUCGGUGUUCGCUGUAUGUUUCAUCUCAUUUCUAACUGUAUUGGGUCUCCUUGUGAUUGCCCUCUGUGCUCAGAGAAACUGGAGCUGGACUACUCAAGGAAGAAACCAACUUCCUAAAAGUGCUGAUACCAAGAUUGUGGAUGCUCUACCUUGCUUCACAUUCAGUUCUGCCGGUUUGGAUGAAUGCCACACUGAAGAAACUUGUGCCAUCUGCCUUGAGAAUUACAAAGAUUCCGAAAUUCUUAAAGUUCUCCCCUGCCAACAUGAAUUUCAUUCAAGCUGUGUGGAUUCAUGGCUGAAAAAAUGGGGGAGAAACUGCCCCGUGUGCAAGAACGAUAUAAGAAAGAAAAUUGCGAAUGCUGAGAGAAUUUCUCAUAAAGUCAUAACAUACAUAACCCAUGAUUGGACAUAUGCUAUGAAUUUGGUUGAAGUUCACAUCAAAGGUGGGUUCUCAUUAGGCGGCACGAUGUUAUGUGGACCCAUGAUUGAAACUGCAAGUAGCUUUAGCUCCCCAUCUGUAAGGAAUUCUUCCGGUCUUCCCCACAGAAAAACGAAACACCGCAGCAGCAGUAAGGUUCCUCAGCCCACCUUUUCCAUCCUCAGCUGGUUUUCCCGGAAAAUCAACCAAACAGCCAACAGAUUUCACAAAAACCAGAGCUACUUAUAUAACACCAGUUCUUCCUCAUGGGUUCUAUUGGAAGUUGUUCUGUUAUGCUGUAGCUCGGAAUCGGAAGUUGUCACCGUUGAUGUUCAAGAAGCAAAACAUCUGCUCGAAUCUGGCUAUGGUUAUUUGGAAGUUAGGACGGAGGAGGAGUACAAGAAAGGGCAUGUGGAUACAAAGAAGAUUCUGAACAUUCCUUACAUGUUCAAUACACCUAAAGGUAUGGUGAAAAAUCCCCAGUUUUUGGAAGAGGUUUCAUCUGCCUGCAACAAAGAUGACCUUAUUGUUGUGGGUUGUCAAAGUGGUGUUAGAUCCCUUUAUGCAACUGCUGAUCUUCUGGCUGCUGGUUUCAAGAAUGUGAGCAACAUGGGAGGAGGCUAUCUCGCUUGGAUCGAGCAUGAUUUUCCGGUUACUAAGCCGGGACGCUGACCGGAAAAAGCCAGAAGAUGUUGUGCAACCGAAAAAGGCAGAAGAUGUAGACCAGCAGAAGAAAGCAAAAGAAGAGCUCUAGUUUCUUACAUGGCAAGCAACAUAUGUAUCUGUAAUCUGAAUUUCGGUGUAUAUAUAUAGUGGAUGAUAUUUAAGAAUGUAUCACUUCCCAAGUAUGAGUAAGGGGAAUACAAUCUUGGCUACGUAAUUGCAAAUAUCGAAAAGAGUUCGACUCUCA